CUCAGGCUCUUUUCUUUCUCGACUUAUCUUGACAGAGUACAUUGAAUGUCACUGUAUCUACCAUGGCUUUCAAUCCCGUCAUCUGGUUCUACACCCUAGUCCAGUGGCUACUAGCCAAGAUAUUCUCGCCCAACCCUCCUGCACCCGGCGCUCGACUUCGGCGACCUAAGAUUGCCGUCAUCGGGGGCGGCUUGACAGGAGUUUCCGCUGCAGCCCACUGUGUUGGCCAUGGAUUCGAAGUCACCUUAUUCGAAGCUCGAGGCAAGGAUCAUCUCGGAGGCAUUUGGUCCAAUGUGAACACGGCAAGUGGACGCUCUGUUUACACUGCUCUCAUGGCUGUAUCUUUCUGACAAUCCUACAGACAUCUGGACUUCAGAUUCACAGUGUCAUGUACCGUUUUCACCCAUCUGUGAAAUGGGACAGUGGCUAUCCGAAACAGAACCAGAUUGUGGACCAAGUCCGAGAGCUCUGGCACCGCUAUGAUCUUGACGAACGGACAAGAUUCAACGUCAAAGUCGAGAAGAUCUACAAGGACAAGCUAGACCGAUGGAUCGUCAAUGACCCUUCAAACGGUAGAUUCGACGGGAUCAUACCGGCCAUUGGAACUUGCGGUGCACCCAAAAUGCCCCAUCUCCCCGGCCAGGACAAGUUCAAGGGCCACGUCUUGCACUCGUCCAGUCUCGACAACGAAGAUGCAAAAGACAAGAAGAUCCUCAUCGUGGGCGGAGGAGCCAGCGCGGUUGAAGCAUUGGAGUGGGCCGUCAACACGGGGGCUGCGGAAAUCAAAGUGCUUGCGAGAAGUGACAAAUGGAUCAUCCCUCGAAAUGGGUUUGUGGAUGCACUCCUGGCCUUCAACAUUUUCGGACAAGAGACCCUGUUUUCGUGGAUCCCUGAAAACCUUUUGCGGUUCUUCUUUUACCGCGACCUCCGAGACAUCGCGCCGACUGACCGGGGUCUGUUCACUGAGACACCGAUGGUCAACAGUGAGAUCUUUGAACAAAUCCGGGCAGGGAAAGCAUCAUGGCUCCGAGGGGACAUCGAACAGGUUGAGGAGAAUGGCAUCCUCUUCAACCACCGGGCCAAGGGAGUUCCAAAAGGCGGGCCAGGUCAUCGUAAGUUGGUGGAGGGAGACAUGAUUAUUAUGGCCACCGGUUACAAGCGUCCCGGUCUCGACUUUCUUCCAGAACAGUGCUUUGAGCCAGGCUAUGAACCACCUCGUUGGUUCAUCCAGUGCUUUCCUCCGGCCGAGCCAUCCAUAUGUGCCAUCAACUCGACCUAUGUCAAUGCCAUUGGAACUGUGGGAAAUUAUCACAUUGGUAUCUACACUCGUAUGCUGCUCAUGUUCCUGGUCGACCCCUUGACCACUCCACGAACAUGGUGGAUGAAGAGAUGGGUCGACCUCACCAGCACGGUCAAGUCCUUGGCACCGACCAAAGCAUUCGACUUCUUCACCUACUCGGAGUUGCUCUACUGGUUCUGCUUCAUCACAUUGAUCAACCCAUUCCGGUGGAAGUGGGCAUUCUUUGUGCUCUUUGGCAUUGGCAAGAAUCUUCCGGCGAAUAUCGUAGAGAAGGAAGACAAGUUGAGGAAUGGUCUCGGGUUCCGUAAGAGCAAGUUGGACGAGUAGGCAACGAUUUGGGAUAGACCGGUGACAAAACGACCCUUACAUAAGUUGUCACUCUCGUUUUAUGUACUGUAAAUAGAUGAUCCAUGGUUCACCGAAUACUUGGUGCAUGUUAUUGAAAAGUACGCGCCCAUCAUAGAAUGCAUCACAUGUAAAUAACAGUAAAGAUUAUGGAAUUACCGAGUUC